AUUGUCUUUUUGGUUUAUUGUUUUCACAAGCAAAUUGAUCAAUUGGGGGCAUUAACCAAUCGGCGAAGAUGAAGAAAGAGGAUACCGUGAAGCUAAUAAGCGCCGAAGGCUUCGAAUUCAUAAUCGAUAAGAAGGCUGCAAUGGUCUCUCAGACCAUACGUAACAUGCUCACUUCUCCAGGGAGUUUUGCUGAGACAGAACAUGGGGAGGUGACUUUUCCGGAGAUUAGCACCACCAUUCUCGAGAAGAUCUGCCAGUACUUCUACUGGUCCCUUCAAUAUGCAAGUGGCAAGGAAACAGAGUUUCAUAUUGAACCUGAGAUCACUUUGGAAUUGAUGAUGGCUGCAAACUACUUGCACACCUGAGGAACGAUAUGACUUUGGGGCCCAAAGGUAUAAAAGUUCGAACAUAUGCUGUUUCUAGCAUAGCAAUUACCAUUGGAGCUUGUAGGAUGUGGAUACUUUUAGUUGUUGCUGAAUUUGGCACUGUAACAUUCGGUACAUAAGUCGUUUCCAUUUACUGGAGUAUGUAAUAGUAAUUGACACAUUGGGGCCUCUGUUCUAUCUGUCCUAUCGUUAACCCAUUUUAACAGCACUUAUCCCCAUUUGUAUGCAUGUUCAUGUAUCAUGUGGUACUUGAAUUGUUUACAGUAUGAUAUACUCAACGUGCUUA